UCUUCGAAGAUACAGUUCUGCUUCUCCCAAGGCCCUCCAGACCUGUUGCCUCUUGUGGUUAUACCCCGUAUCUUCCACUUAUACAGAUGUCCAUGUCUUCCCGCACAUCAGGCACCUUUAAUCCCGCUGAAGGGACAAAGGAAGAAAAAAUACCAACACCAUUAGACGCUAUGGAUCCCUAUCUAGUCCUCCUUGAACCGACAGACGAUCCACAGAACAUGUCCUCCUGCAGGAGAUGGCUUGCUGUUCUCGUGAUCAGCUCGGCAUCUCUUUGUGUUACCUGUGCUUCUUCCAUUGCUGCUUUCACAGAAGACGGUGUUGCCCAGACUUUUGGCGUCUCUCAUGAGGUAACUAUCCUUGGUAUCAGUUUGUUUGUCGUCGGCUUGGGACUUGGCCCAUUGUUAGUUGGCCCUCUGUCGGAGGUUUAUGGUCGCAAUGUCGUCUACCGCAUGUCGUACGCUUUCUUCUUUAUAUUCUCGUUUCCAAUCGCUUUCGCGCCAGACAUAGCUGUCUUCUUGGUAUUUCGAUUCAUCACCGGUCUCUGUGGCGCAGCAUUCUUGAGUGUAGCAGGCGGAAGUGUCAGUGACAUGUUUUCCAAUGCCACAGUUGCAACUCCCAUGGCUGUUUACACGCUAUCACCCUUCAUUGGUCCUGUCCUCGGGCCGUUAAUCGGAGGCUUCAUAAAUCAGAACAUCGAUUGGAGAUGGACUUAUCGUGUAUUAUUGUGUUGGAUAUUCGGUGAACUCAUCGCCUUGUUAUUAUUGGUUCCAGAAACUUACGUACCUGUUAUCCUGAAAAGAAAGGCAAGCAAAAUGCGGAAAUUGACGGGGGACCCCAAAUUCUACGCACCUCUAGAUAGACGCGAUGGGAGUUUACUUUCUGCUAUCUUGUUUAGCUGCUAUAAACCUUUUCAACUUCUCCUAUUUGACAGAAUGGCAUUGCUUUUAGACACAUGGAAUGCCCUAUUACUCGGGAUCCUGUACCUAGCGUUCCAAGCCUUUCCCAUUAUUUUCGAGACCAAUCACGGAUUCAAUGUCCAAUCAACCGGGUUGACCUUCCUUGGAAUCGGAAUUGGAAUGCUCGUCGGUAUCUCCUCUCAGCCCUUCUGGAACAGAUUGUACGCCCGCAUUGCCGCGGAGAACAAUGGUAACCCGCCUCCAGAAAUGCGUCUUCUGAUGGGCCAAGUGGGAGGAAUACUGGUCCCAAUAGGACUAUUCUGGCUCGCAUUCACCACGUACCCGCACGUUCACUGGAUUGCCCCCAUCAUCGCGUCUAUCCCGUUCGGAACUGGGGUCUACUUCGUGUUCACAUCGACGUUCACUUACCUCGUCACUGCUUAUCGCCCGAUAGCGGCAUCUGCGAUGGCGAGCAAUAGCGCCCUUCGAUCCGCGUUCGCCGCUGCGUUUCCCCUGUUCGCAGGGGCCAUGUACGAUCGCUUGGGUACAGUUGGGGCAACAGCGCUACUGGCUGGUCUCACGACGCUAAUGGCCCCACUUCCUUUUAUAUUCUAUCGGAUCGGAGCGCGUCUGAGACAGAAAUCACCUUUCGCCGCUUCAUAAAGUUUUCUUUGACGCCUGCAUUAUAGUACAGUUACACAACUUCUCUUGGGAUAGAUUUACGCAAUAUCGUGUCACAUCUGGAUGAACAGUCUCAACACUAUACAUCACUUGUACGCUAAUCAGCCACGCAAUUUCGAUAGAUCGAUAUAUAAUUCACUAGACGUGCAGCUGCGGUUUUGCAGGUGUUAUGUUGGAGUGCGUUCUCACUAUCGUUUAUGCUAUGACAAGGGGCGACCCCUCUCAAUGUCGUCCACCGAACGCUAUAAAAAGUACAUGUUCUCAUUUUGUAGCCAUUAUGUUGAUGAUGAAAGC